GCCGGAGUCAGCGUCAGUCAUCUGUUUGCAUUCCCCGGUACAACAUCUCAUCACAACCGGCCCAGAGUUGUGAUCCGAGUUCUGAGUUACACCCCCUCCGUUACAAUCCGAGUGUCCGCGUGUAGAACGAACCCUAGCAAGAUGCGUGCGUUCGUCCUGUUGAGCUGCUGUUUGGCUCUGGCUGCUGCCCGGCCGGAAGCCGGCUACUCGUACAACCGUCCGUCCGGAGGUUCCCACGGAGGCGGUGGCGGCGGCGGCUACUCUAGCGGUGGCCACGGAGGUGGUGGUGGCGGUGGAUACUCUAGCGGUGGCCACGGAGGAUCCGGCGGUGGAUUCUCCGGUGGACACGGAGGUGGUGGUGGCGGCGGUGGAUCGUUCAGCUCCGGCGGAGGCAGCGGAUUCUCGUCGUUCGGUGGAAGCGGAUUCGGAGGUUCGUCCUCGUUCAGCUCCGGUGGUGCCAGCUUUGGCGGCGGUAGCAGCUUCGGCGGCGGCGGAUUCUCGUCCGGCGGCGGUUCCCAGAAUGCCAUCAUCCAGAAGCACAUCUACGUGCACGUGCCGCCACCAGAGCCGGAGGAGAUCCGUCCCCAGCGUCCGAUCCCGGUAGCCCCCGCCCAGAAGCACUACAAGAUCAUCUUCAUCAAGGCGCCGUCCGCUCCGGCCUACCAAGCGCCCCAGAUCCCGGUUCUGCCCCAGAACGAAGAGAAGACGCUGGUGUACGUGCUGGUUAAGAAGCCCGACGAGCAGCAGGACAUCGUCAUCCCGACCCCGGCCCCGACUCAGCCCAGCAAGCCCGAGGUCUACUUCAUCAAGUACAAGACCCAGAAGGAAUCGUCCGGAGGAUCCGGUGGCUACGCUGGUGCGUCUGCUGGAGGUUCCAGCUUCGGAGGUGACCUGGGCGCCAUUGGCGGCGGCUCUGCUAUCGGUGGUGGCCAUGAUGGUGGACUCGGCGGUGGUGACCUCAGUGGAGGACACGGAGGAGCCACGGGACCGGCCGCCCAGUACGGACCCCCCGGCAAGUCCGGACCGUACUAAGCGUCGGAUCAAACAACGCGAGCAAGACCCCCGGCAAACAAACGAAACGCGGACCACGUAGCUAGUCGAACAAAUCAAAACAAAACAAAACAAAAAAACCCGCACAAAAGGACAAACCCCUGCCGAGGACGUUCCGGUCCGGUGGACUGUGGGUGACAAACGCUCACGGUGGCCACGGGACAUCCGGAACGGCUUGAGGCCUCUGUUGUAAAUAGAAAGCGCUUUUUCCCUUCACGGCACGAGAACGUGAACGGAGAAAACAAACGAACAAAUUUUCUUAGGACGUAGCAAGUACUUUUUAAUAGUGUUAUAUUAAUUGUAAUCUUGUUUUAUUAUUUUAGAAAAGAAAAAAAUGCAAUUAAAACGGUGACAAAUUUUAAGAAAAAAAA